AUGGUGAUCAAUUCUCACGGAGAAAAACUCAGAUUUACGGACGAGGUAUUGUCCGACAGUAGCCUGCCACCUUUACAGAUCGAGCUGCUAGAUGUUUCUUCAUCGUCAUCGGCUCCUCACACCUUAGGUGACUUCACUUUACCAGCCUUCCAGACAGCAAUUGUGACACCAAAAUUGGGCCCAAAGCUCAACCAAGAGGUUCAGCUAAUUCCCGUGCAACAUCCAAGGCCUGGUGAAGUUGUUGUGAAGAUAGCUUACACAGGAAUUUGCGGUAGCGAUGUUGUCUUCUCUCUCGGCCCUGAGGACGGCCUCCGUGGACCAAACCACAUCGCAGGCCACGAAGGCAUCGGGCAUAUCGUCAUGAGCCACGACAAAUCGCUCCUCGGCAAACCAGUUGCGGCAAGAUAUCUAGCAUCUUACUGCCGAAGUUGCCAUUACUGUAUUCGCGGCGUUCCAGAAUCCUGUCAUAAGCAGAUGACAUUUCCUCGCCACCACAAUGGCACAUUCCAGCAGUACAUGACCGCACCUUAUACCUCACUUAUGCCUCUGCCAGAUUUUAUCUUUGAUGAAACGGCGGGUGUGAGUUUUGGUCUGUAUACUACGGCGCUGUGCUCUGGUGCCGCGGCACUCAAAGCCUUGAAAGCGGCGACUCCUGCCCCCGGGGACGUGAUCGUUGUUAGCGGGGUGUGCGGCGGGAUAGGACAUCUGGCCGGCAUAAUGGCUCGCAACGUGUUUGGGGCAGAGGUUAUUGGCAUCGAUUUGCCGUGGAAGGUUGAAGCAUUGGGCUCAAGGGCUGCUGACGUCUUUGACGAAUUCAUCGCUGCGCCUUUCAAUGCGACGGAGAGGAUUGAGGUUAUGGAGAGGAUAGCAGACGCCUGUGCUCGAUUGCGCCGUGUAGGAGAGGCUCGCCGCGGCGCAGACUCUGUUCUUGUCACAUCAGGUGACGAAAGUGCUUUUGAAGGGCUGAUUGACUACGUUUGCGACGGCGGCUCGGUGAUUUGCGUAGGUGUGACGAAAUCACGGGGCAACUUGACAAUUCCCUUGGCCUUGAUGGUUGAGCGCUCCAUCAAGCUUCAAGGUCUGUUGAUGGGUGGAUGGGAUGAGAGUUAUAAGGUCAUGGAGUAUAUCAGGGAUGGUAAAGUGAAGCCUAUAGUUACGGAAGUCUGUCUUGAGGAUACACCAUCCCGAAUGGCAGCUUUCGCGAAUCAUUUAAACACGGGAAAAGUGGUUGUUAGGGUGGACUAG